CGCACAUUAUUAUCGAUAUCUCUCGGCGGCCGACGGCUACGGUGGCGAUGACAAGGUAGCAGCGGCAGCGUCGUACGGCGUCUAUCUCUACGUAACAGUAAUAUACGCGCGACAGCGGCGGCAAACCACCAACCGACCACGACCACCAGUCACCACAGCGAUUCUGUGCCGUCUACCACUGUCCGCGUCCGUUCGCCGACAACGCCGAGCACCGACAUCGGCGGCACCGGACGCCGUACACGAUUCCGCCGUAAACACGUCGUGGCCGAACGACGCGCGCGUAACCACUCUGGCGGUGUCCACGGGCGCAAUUGGCGGCUAGAAUUCGAUUCGACGUGCUGAUCGUCGCUUAGACGGUUUGUCUCGUUAUUCGGUUACCGAAUCCGUCGCCGUUAUAGGUACGGGCCGUUUGUUGUUAUUAUCGUUGUUGUUGUUGUUGUAUCCGCGGCGCGUCCGCCGCAAGUACGCGUCUACACUCCGCCGCGCCGGUCGUCGUUUCGCCCCUUUACCAGUGCGGUGCCGUCGUGUUUUGCGCGUUCCAGCCGCCCGCCGGACAAGUGUUUUUUCAUUCCGUACGGAUUUUCGUCGCGGCCCUCCCCCGGAAACACGCGCGGCCGUGUACGGCCGAUCGUCGACCGUUUUCGUCGUACCCCGCGUCGCCGGCGAAUCGCGACCGACGAUAUACUGACGUAUCGCUCGUUCGGUAAUUUUAGCUCGAUACACGUCGAGUAUACAUCGAGUGUAUAAGCAGUGUUCGCGCUCCGAUUCACUUGUCUGUUCGCGAAAUCAUAGACAUGUCCGAGGAGUCGAUGGUCGCAGUCAUUGCAUCGAUGGUGCCAGAUACGAGUGGCAGUGGAGGCGGUUAUCGUCACAAGCACUGGUACUGAAAUCGACGACAUCGAGAACUGUCUGCACACGAUCGCUCAAAGAGUAGAAUUUUAUUUUAGAAAGUGGAAUUAAAAAGUAUUCAUCAUUUACCGAAAAAAGACUAAUAUGAGGCAGGGACGCGGUGGCCAACGUAGUAAAAAAUCUGGAUGCAGUAGACGAGGUGGAGGAGCUGGAGGUGGAAGUGUUGGCGGAGCCGGUAAUACAGGAGGUGGUGGUGGUUCAGCUGUAGCUUUAGCAGCAACUCUAGUAGAUGAUGGUAUAGGUGGCGGUGGUGUGCCUGGAGGACCUGGAGGCUCAGCGGCAGCCGCAGCUGCUGCUGCUGCUGCUGCUGCAGCGGCAGCUGCUUCUUCAUGGAAAACUGGUGGCGGUCCAGGAGGACCAGGCAGUGGUCCAGGAGAUCCGUUUGGCAUGGGUUAUGGAGGUGGCCCCGGAGGACCUGGAAGUGGUGGUCCAUAUCAGCAACAUCAUCAACAGCAAGGUCACCAGUCCCCGUCAUUGUUCCAUCAACAACAAGGAUCACCUGCGCCCGGUGGCGGCCCUUAUGGAGGUGGUGGUGGUGGUAAUAGUACUCCACAGCACCAACAACAGCAACAUUAUAGCCCAUCAACUCCCGGAGGAGGUGGAUCUUCAACCCCUGUACCUUAUGGUGGUGGACCAGGCACCCCAAAUAGCCAGCAUGGAGGUGGCGGUGGACCAUUCAAUGGUGGCGGCGGUGGAGCACAGAUGCCUUUUGGAUCACCAUCUUCAGUCAGUUCUGGUGGUGGGGGAUUCGGUAGUGGUGGCCCUGGAAGCAAUCGACCUGGGUCUGGACCUCCGCCUCCCCAACAAUCUCCAUUUGGUGGUCAACAAUUUUAUGGGAGUAGUGGUGGGGGUCCUAUGCCUCCAGGAUCGCCGUUUAGUCAACAACAACAAAUGAUGAAUCAUCAUGGUGGGGGUGGUGGAGCUGGUGGAGGAAUGAUGAAUGCCACAGAUUCGGGUCCCGGUGGUCGUAUGAUGGUUGAUCAUCCUUCAUGUUUCCCAUCGUCAAUGGUAGGUGGACCUAAUGGUCCUCCUGGUGGUGGUGGAGGUCGCCGAGGGUAUGGUGGACCUGGAGGAUAUGGUGGUGGACCACCUGGUCAUCAUGGUGGUGGACCACCAGGACAUCAUGGUGGUAGUGUGUUAGGAGGUCCUCAUGGUGGACCUCCGGGACAUUUAGGGGGUGGUGUGCACCAUAGUGGUCCUACAGGACAUCAUGGAGGACCACCAGGUGGUCCUCCUCAUCAUGGUGGUGGCGGACCCCCGGGACACCACGGAGGUCCUCCACAUCAUGGUGGUCCACCUGGAAGUGGGCCCCAUGGUGGACCUCCUCACCCACAUGGUGGUGGCGGACCACCACACCAUGGUGGUGGCGUCCCUCUUCAUCCACACGGCGGCGCAGGAGUUCCACCACAUGGGCCACCACAUCAUCCACAUGGCCCUCCACAUCAUGGUGGUCCUCAUGGACCUCCACCUCCUCCACACCCACAUCCACCACAUGCACAUCAUGUGCAACCUGAUUAUCGGAUAUUUGAAUUAAACAAGAGGCUGCAAAAUCGUAAUGAGGACAGUGACAACGUAUGGUGGGACCAGUUUGCCACGGAGUUUUUUGAAGAUGAUGCCACAUUGACACUUACAUUUUGCUUAGAAGAUGGUCCCAAGCGAUACUCCAUUGGAAGAACCCUGAUUCCUAGAUACUUUAGGUCAAUAUUUGAAGGUGGAGUUACUGAUCUGUAUUAUCAUUUAAGAGCUAAUGCUACCAAAGAGUCUUUUCACAAUACCAGCCUUACCCUGGACUGUGAUCACUGUACCAUGGUGACCACACAUUUAACAUCAAAUCCAGGUGGUGGGCCACCGUCUUCCAUUGCUCAGUCGCCAGGACCUGGUGGUCCAGGUAGUGUAGGAGGAGGACCUCCUGCAUCACUAAACGGUGGUAUUGGAAUGCAAAAGUCUUUGGUGGCUCAAGGUCCUCCAUCAUCACAGCAAUCGGUGCUUGGUGGCGGUGGACCGAUGGGUGGUGCAGGAGGACCUCCAUCACCGCCUGUAUAUACCAGGGUGUGCACUGAGGGUAGACUUACAUUAGAAUUUACGUAUGACGAUAUGAUGCGUAUUCGGACGUGGCAUUUAGCAGUCAGGCAACACAGGGAAUUGGUUCCAAGAUCGUCUGCAGCCGCAGCUGUUGCAGCGGUUGUUAUGAUGCAGCAAGGAGGACCAGGAGGUGGCAGUGAUGGAGGGCCACCAGGUGGACCCCCACCACCUAAUGCUGAAAUUGUUCACCAACAAGUAGCAAAAAAUAUCACACGACAGGGCAUUACAAACUCAACGCUUAAUUAUCUAAGAUUAUGCGUCAUAUUGGAACCCAUGCAAGAAUUGAUGUCCAGGCACAAAGCUUAUGCACUCAGUCCUAGAGAUUGUCUGAAGACAACUCUAUUUCAAAAGUGGCAACGUAUGGUUGCACCACCAGAAUCACAAAGACCGGCCAACAAAAGGCGUAAGCGCAAGGGUAGUAACUCUGGAGCUGGUGGAGGUCCUCCAACUACACUUGGCGGUGGUGGACCAGGUGGCGGACCGGGUAAUGGGCCGACUGCUGCUUCAAAGAAACGAAGCCCUGGACCAAAUGGUGGAGGUGGUGGGGGCGGUGGAGCCGGUGGCGCAGGGUUCAACCUAGCAUCACAGGACGUGAUGGUUGUUGGAGAACCAUCUCUGAUGGGCGGUGAAUUUGGAGACGAAGAUGAACGUUUGAUCACGCGACUGGAAAACACUCAGUACGAUGCUGCUGCAGCAGCAGCUGCUGCCGCUGCCGCCGCUGCAGCAGCAGCUGCAGCUGCUAACUCAGCUGCAGCUUCAGUGAUGGGUGUUGGCCCUGGUGGUCCAGGAUCUGUAGGUUCAGUUGGAGGCAAUGAUCUUCAACAUAUAGGAGGUGGUGGAGGCGGACCUGGUGGUAUGGGACCAGGUAGUGGAGGUGGACCUGGUGGUAUGGGAUCAGUUAGUGGCGGAGGAGGACCUAUGGGACCUGGAGGACCAAUGAAUGUUGGUGGACCUGGAGGGCAGAUGGGACCAGUAGGUCUUAUGGGAAGUGAUUCUCUAUUUCCACCACCUGGAUCUGGAGCAGAUGGCAGUGCCCCGGGCACACCAACUGGUGGUAGUGGUGGUGGAGUUGUGGUUUCGCAAUCGUCAUCUUCCAAUAACCCCAAUGGCCUUCAGCAACAACAACAAAACUCUUGGGUCACAGGACCACCUAGUGGUGGUGGCAGUGGUGGAGGACCUCCAAAUGGUGGCCAAUCUGGACAAAAUAGUGGGGGCGGACAACAGCAACAAAAUCCAGGAAGUAAUCCUGGAGCUGGAGGUGGAUCAUCUAUUGGAGGUAAUGGUAACCCUGGAAGCAAUGGUGGUCCCAAUAGUGUUGGUGAUUCUAUUUCAUCUAGUGGUGGAGAUAAAAAAUCUCCAGCAUCUGCUGCUUCUCAACAACAGCAACAGCAACAACACAUGGGAUUGUAAAUAACACUGCCAAUCAAUACACAUAGUACUUAAAAUGUCUUGUCAUUUUUUGUUGAUGUGCACACCAAACAUACACAAUAUAAAACAAACAAUGUUUAUAUCAUAAAUACAUCGCUUAAUAAGUAUACGCAAAAAUCAGCGAAUUUUAUUGA